AUGGCCUCGAGAACUAGCGAUACCGAAGGAGAAAAAGCAGAAAAUUUCCAACUUCUCUCUAGAGACAUUAAUUUAGCCAGGGAGCGUUUGCUCACUUUACCACAAGUAGAGGAACAUAGAGAAUACACGGGAUCAAGCGAAAUUACUUUAAAAGAAAAUGUUUCGCUUGAAGCAUAUCUCAAUUAUCGUGAAAAGAACCCGAAUAACCCAAAUAAUUCAGUUCGCAUAUAUUUACAUGAUGGAAAAAUUAAGGCAUACGAAGUACCUAAAUUUCCUCAUUCAAUGGUAACAUCAAUAAUCCAAAUAUCGAUGGGCAUCUGGAAUAACGAGGACUUGGAGUAUGGCAGUGAUGUAACUAUUACUGUAGGGCAAAAUAAUGCGUGUGAGCCUGACUUAUGGGUCCGACCAGUAAGGCGUCCUCAACGGAUACCUUAUAAAGCAGCGGACAGAUUUGGAGGGGCGUAUCCAACGAUGAUAGUUGAAAUUGGUUACACUCAAAGCCUUCCUGACUUGCAUAGAAAAUUAGCACUUUACUUUUCUCAACAGACAUCAAUUCAGAUUGCGCUUAUUAUUAAAAUAUUUGAUCUUCGUGCAGAUAAAACCUUUGUACUAAUUUCCGCGCUAUACCUUCGUACAAACCAAAAUCCUCUGAUCCCGGUCAAUGUCGUAUCUUUUGGGACAGCAGAUCCUACGCAACAAACUGUGAAUUAUAUCAUUAAUACUAUGAAUGUGCCUCAUAAUAACUUUAUUGGUGUUGGACGUACUGCAAAUGGUGUUAAUUGUCCUCCUUGCAAUAUGACUGAGAUUCCAACAUACAAAAUGAACAUUCCUGCAGCAGAGCUUUUUGAUGGAGAUCCUAAUACCAUUCCCGCGGUUGCAGCUGAAGGAUUUAAUCUGGAUCUCUGGAAACUUCAAGAUAAAGUACGAAAGGGAUUCAAUGUAUAA